UAGCCCUUCCUUGGCAUGUCCCAGUGCCAAGCUGAUCCAUGGCUCCUUCGUGCCAUAAGCCUAUGGCAGCAGAUGGAGGUUGGGGGAAAUAUCCAGUUGCGCCAUGUUGUUAAAGAACAGUUGGUUUCUUCGAAGUCAGAUGAGCUGUCCUGUGCGCCGAUGACAUUUGCACUGUGGUGAGCCGGGUCGGGUUAGUCCGUUUACUCCCAGUAGUGAACUUGUGUCUUUUGGAUGCAGUUUUGGGUACGCCUUGCAUGGCUUAGCCAGUGGAGGCUGAGGUCAGCUUGCAACCACUUACAAAUCCUCAGCAGGAGCUCUGCUGCUGAUGGGGUUUCCUUCCCUUUGCAAAAUGAGAACCGAGUGCUUGCAGGUGCAGGUAGUGAUGGAGGACCGUGAUCAUCCCUCUGCAAUGGAUCCCAGUGUGGGGCAGGCAAGGUGGGCUGGGAGCCACCAGCUGCACUGCUGGUGCACUGGAGCACCAGUACAUCGUGUCCUACCGUGUAGCACACAUAGCUGAUGGGCAAUGCUGGUCUUGGCCCGUGGCUGUAGAGCAGUCUCUUCCCUCCGUGUCUCACUUGGUGUUUGAUUCCUGAUGGCUCUGGUUUUAUUCCCAUUUAAGUUCUGCGAGGAUGCUUGUCUCAGGGCAGUUUGAUGGGGUCAUAGGCUGCCACUGCUGCUCUCAGGGCUCCUCCGAGGUGGGUGCUGGGUGCUAAGCCCACCACCCAUGUCUUCCAUUACCACCCCUAUCACAAACCCUACAUGGUUUGUAAUAUGCUGUCUCACGGUGCUGUCUAACGUCCUGGCUGAAUAAACUGCAGGCAGGAAAACGUUUGCGCAUGCCAGGCUGCUCCUUUACUUCAUCCCUGGUGGGAAUUGUGCAGCAUAAUUUGCAAGCUUUCAAUUACAGGAACGCUGCAGUCCUCAGGGGUGAGGCCGGGUGGGGGAUUCAGCAGAAGGGGGAGAUCUGGUGGGUUUCCAAGGUGCUCGGUGCCGAUAUUGUGUCCCCUCCGAGAGGUGUGAAUGGGAUCGGCUGGUUCCUUGGGGCGGAAGGGAGUGUGAUGCAGCGGAAGCCGUGCGCAGGCACAGGGCUCUGUGUGCAGCUUCUCACUGCAGCUGGAUCACAGGCAGAAGCAGAAACCUCCCAGAGCUAUUUUAUGCCUUUUAUUAUUUUUUUUUUUCUCUCUUGCGUCGCUUCUCUCACUCAGCAUUUCUCAUCUGCAGCAGGCAGGAACGGCUGCAGCAGCUGCUGGAGCAAGUGUUUUUCUGCCUUUGUGCAGGUUGUGUGACAGCCAGGGACAGAAAUGUCCCCCCAGAGAAGGCUGGCAAGAAGCCUUGGGGGUGGGGGGGCAGUGAGUGAAUUGAGCCUGGGGGUGGAAGGUGACGAUAACAGGCAGGUGGUAUACCCCAGCCCUGCAUGUGCCUCCUCAGCCCCCCAGGGCUGUGAGAAACCAGCACUGGGUGGUGGCUUUUCAGUCUUUGUGGUGAAAGAUAGAGCCCAGCACUGCAGACUGUCAAGCCCACAGAGGCUUCACGUCCGCUGGGCAGCAGCCAGCCCCAGCCUGCUGCGGUGGGGAUGGUGCUGCUGGUCACUCCCAAGCUGAGUGCUGGCUCUGUCUGUGCAGGUCGUGUUUCAUGGCACGCAGGGUCCCUGCCCCGCUGUGACCGCUCUGUGCCCCCAUCCCAGACCCUGGCAGAUCCCCCAUGUGAGAUGCUUGCUGUUUGCUCCCACCACCUGGACACCUAUGAGCAAAUUCCUUAGUAACGGGUGGGCUUCACUGGACCCAUUCCUGAGGGAGCAGGGCUCCGUGUGGUAGUGUCUGCCCCUCGUGACGCUGCUCUGGCGCCUGCCUGGUGUGGGGACACAUCGCAGAGUCCAGAUCACUGCGAGUGGCACCGUCGGAAGCUCUCGGGGCACAGGAGGACCCACCAGGCUGCAGCCGGGGAAUCCACUCGCUCGGCGUUUUGCUGGGCUGGCCCUUUAAGAGUGCCUCCCCCCACUCAUUGCGGGCAGUAGGCGGGACGUGGGCGGAGCUCUGCUCCAAUCACGAGCCGGGAGAGCCCAGUCUCGCAUUGAUUGGCAGCAGAGCGGUGCCGCCCGUGGCUCUGGAAAUGGGCCGGGAGGGGCUGAGGAGGGGACGGGGGCAGGGACCGAGGCCAGGCCGAGCCGAGCCGAGCCUCCCUUGGCGGCGGCGACCCAGGGCACUGUCCCCAUCCUCUCCCCUGUCCCUGAGGUCCCCGGGGUGCCCGGGCGGAGGAGACCGGCAGGGCUGGAGCUGUCCCCCCCCGCAAGGGCCUGGAAGCACAUAGGGAGGUCGGAGUGCCCCGAGUGCACCCCCCGACAGAGGCUGAGGCUUCUGCAAAGCUGCACCUGCUGCAGCGUGUGCUUCUGCUGGGCAUCCUUCCCUGUGUAAUGCCCGAUGCUGUGAUCCCAUUCUGACCUGUGGGCUCCUGGCUGGCACAGCCCUGGGCGCUGCUGAGGUUCACCUGUGCCAGGUGGGGACGAGGUGUCCAGGCAGGUGGCCAUGGCCAACAGCUGGAUGCUGGCUCUGGUGGCCCACAAAGCCCUGCCCAUGGCACCCACGGGGUUGGCAGCUCUUCGUGUGGGCCUUCCCAGCUGAUAGUGGCACCGGUGGCAACCCCACGGGGUCGGUCCCGAGGUGUGGGCAUCAAACGGGCACAGCAUUAACUAAGGGGUGAGAAAGGAGGUGGGAGGGCAGCCCUGGCACCUUGCGCCUCAAACAAGCACUUUUUCUUAGGGCAUAAUAAGCCCUUUGGCCCGUGCUCGUUACAGCUGCCCUUUGUCUGCGGGCGCGAUGUGAAGCCACCAUUGUGGGAGCGGGAGUGAACAGGGAGGGCUUGUACCUCGCCGGCUUCCAGGACGUGCAGUUUCCCGGAGAACGGGAAGCGAGCUGCGGGAGCAAGUGAGUCAGGCUGGGCCCGGGGGUGGCGGGCCCCCACUUCCCGCAGCCCCGCGGGUCCCCCAUUGGGUGUGCGGGGACAGAGCUCUCGGCCAAUUGGGUGCUGAUCUGAAGCGGGGGAUCUGCUCUCCCCCCCCCCCCCCCCCGCGCUGGGGCUGUGAUUCAGCUCCCCUCCCCCAGCCCACCCCCUCCGCUCGGAUGCUGGCAGCCGAGCUGCAGCCUCCUACAGCCCCGGAGCUGCUUCCCGAGCUGGGGAACAGAGAGCCGGGGAUUUUUAGCGGCUCCACAAGGCCGGCUGUGUCCCGGGUCCGGUCCUGGGCCAGAUGCGUGCGGACAUGGAGAGCGUCAGCCUCCAGCGACCCGCCUGGAAAUGGCAAGUACUGAGUUUGUUUUCGCUCUGCGGCUGGGGCUGGGUCUCUGGGCAGAUCCGCUACUCGGUGCUCGAGGAGUCGGAGGUGGGGACCGCGGUGGGGAACGUGGCCCAGGACCUGGGCUUGAAGGUGGAGCAGCUGGCGGGCCGCAGGCUGCGCCUGGGCUCGGAGGAGAGCCGGCAGCACUUCGCCGUGCGCCUGGACAGCGGUGUCCUGGUGGUGAGCGAGCGGCUGGACCGGGAGCGCCUGUGUGGAGCCGCCGCCAGCUGCGUGCUGUCAGUGCAGGUGGUGGCGGAGAACCCCCUGCAGCUCUUCCGCCUCGAAGUGGAGAUCCUGGAUCUGAACGACAACUCCCCCAGCUUCCCCACCGCCCACCGCAGCCUGCGCAUCGCCGAGUCCGCCGCCGUGGCCACGCGCUUCCCCUUGGAGAGCGCGCAGGACCCCGAUGUGGGCAGCAACGCCGUGGGCUCCUACCGGCUGAACCCCAACUCCCACUUCUCCCUGGACGUCAAGCAGCUGCAGGAUGGCAAACUCUUCCCGGAGCUGGUGCUGGAGCGCGCCUUGGACCGGGAAGAGCAGCCAGAACUGCAGCUGGUGCUGACAGCUGUAGAUGGGGGCAGCCCGGCCCGCUCAGGCACAGCGCAGAUAACGGUGCAGGUGCUGGACAUCAAUGAUAACGCGCCUGCCUUUGACCGUGCCACGUACAAGGUGCAAAUCCCAGAAAACACACCUGUGGGAGCUCUGCUCCUCCAGCUCAAUGCGUCAGAUCCUGAUGAGGGCCCCAAUGGGGAGACGCAGUACUCCUUUGGGGUGCACACCUCUGAGGCCGUCCGGCGACUCUUUGCGCUGGACCCCCACAGUGGCGAGGUGCGGGUGAGCGGGGAGCUGGACUUUGAGGAAUCGCCCUUCUACGAGAUCCACGUGCGGGCCCGCGACAGAGGCGUGCCCGAGAUGGAGGGGCACUGUGUGCUGCAGGUGGAGGUGGAGGAUGCCAAUGACAACCCCCCAGAGGUUCUGCUCACCUCCCUGCUGAACCCAGUGCCCGAGGACACCCCACCGGAGACCGUGGUGGGGCUUUUCAAUGUGCGGGACCGAGACUCGGGGGCCAACGGGGAUGUGAAUUUGGAGAUCUCCCCCGGUGUGCCAUUCGCUGUCAGGUCCCUGCAGAACCACUUCUCGCUGGUCACCCGGCAGAGCCUGGAUCGAGAGACCACCUCGCAGUACGUGGUGCAGCUGAUCGCCCAGGACGGAGGGUCUCCUGCUCUCACCACGAGCCUCACACUGCUCCUCAAUGUAUCUGACGUGAAUGACAAUCCGCCGCGCUUCCUGCAGCCUUCCUACGAUGCCUUCCUCCCGGAGAACAGCCCGCCGGGCUCCCUGCUCUGCACCGUCUCCGCUUCGGACCCCGAUGAUGGAGACAAUUCCCGCCUUGUUUACUCCAUAGAGGAAGGCCACAUGCAGGGUGCUCCUGCUUCUUCCUACGUCCACAUCAAUCCUAACAACGGCAACCUCUAUGCUCAGCGCACCUUUGAUUUUGAGCUGCUGCAGGUUCUGCCAGUCUCAGUGGCUGUGCGGGACUUGGGGUCUCCCCCGCUCCAUGCCAAUGUCACUGUCUACAUUUUCGUGCAGGACCAGAACGACCAUGCCCCCACCAUCCUGCACCCUGCUGGUGACGGUGAUGUCCCCACACCAGAGAGGGUCCCGCUGUCAGCCCCGCCGGGCUACCUGGUGACCAAGGUGACAGCAGUGGAUGCGGAUGCCGGGUACAACGCCUGGCUGUCAUACCGCCUGCUGCCCGAGUCCACCGAGCCCUCCUUGUUCCACGUGUCACCGUACACCGGGGAGGUGCGGACGGCGCGUGUCCUGCGGGACACUGACGUGGCGAUGCAGCAGGUCCUCAUUCUGGUGGCAGACAAUGGCGACCCACCACUCUCCACCACUGUCACCAUCAGCGUGGCCCUGGAGGAGGAGGCCUUGGAGGAGAGCUACAAGCCCCGGGAUUUCCUGGCUGGUACCAAGGAGAAGCCGGACCUGACCCUCUACCUGAUCAUUGCGCUGGCGGCCAUCAGCACCGUGGCACUUGCCACCGUCACCCUUCUUGCUGCCUGGUGCCUGCGGCGCCGAGGCCGUGCUGCCGCCUCUCCCCGCUGCUGCUGGGCAGCCGAGUCGCCGUCCCGGGACUUCUUCAAGCACUCCAGCCCCAAGCUGCAGCUCUGUUCCGACGGCACCCUCAAGUACAUGGAGGUCACCCUGCGGCCCACCGACGCCCAGUCCCAGUGCUACAGCACCUGCUUCUCUCCCGACUCCGACCGCAGCGACUUCACCUUCCUGCGGCCCUGCCCGCCCCCCGGCACCCUCCCGAGGGAACCCGGGGCUUUCCUCUCCGCCGCCGGUACCCUGCGGGACGCCGGCCAGCAAGCUCAGCCAAACCCGGACUGGCGCUUCUCUCAGACCCAGAGACCUGGAACAAGUGGCUCCCAGAAUGGAGAGGAAGGUGGAGCCUGGCCCAACAACCAGUUUGACACGGAGAUGCUUCAAGCCAUGAUCCUGGCCUCGGCAAAUGAAGCUGCUGAUGCUAAUGCGACACUGGGCGGGGGCACGGGCACCAUGGGGCUGAGCGCCCGCUACGGGCCCCAGUUCACCCUGCAACACGUCCCCGACUACCGGCAGAACGUCUACAUCCCGGGCAGCACCGCCACGCUGAGCAACGCCGCUGGCAAGCGCGACGCCAAGCCCUCGGGUGGCAACAAGAAGAAGUCUGGCAAGAAGGAGAAGAAGUAGAAAGGAAACGUCAGAGCGGCCGGGCAGCGCGUGCCAGCACUCCCCCACACCACAGGAGGACGAAUGUGGAUUUAUUUUCAUUUUUAUUUUUUUUUUGGUGAUGCAAAAGUUAGGAAGCGCUGCGAAUGUAUUGUCAUCGUCAGAGCUAGGAGCAGGCUGCCUGCUGUUAGGUCUCAUGAUGAAAAGCAAUCUGGAAAGCUAAAGCUAACACAAACAAGUGCCCUGUGAAUACAGCUAACAUUUUAUACGACCCCUCGGGUGUUAGGGUAUACGAGGUCGAAAGGCUUCAGCCAAAUCCUUGGCUUCGAUUUGCUCCCAGAUGGUCCGAGAAAGGCACGAGGCUCUCGCUCAGCUUCGUCCAGUGUAAAUAAUUGUAACAGCGAUCUUUUAAUUUAUAGAGCUUUGAUCAUUUUUUUUCGGAAAGAAAAAGGAAGUUCCUAGCAUAAAGCCCAACGCUGCACAUUUUCUGCUCUUUAACUUCGUGAAACUCGCCCUGGGUUAUUCGUAGCGGUGGAUUUGUGGGUAGGGAGUGCUUCAGUUCCUGUUCAGCUGUUACCCGAAAAAGAAAAGAAAAAAAAAAAA